AUGUUUGGCUCGUUAGUGGAUUAUAUGGGUGAAAUAAGGGAUCAGUUCGGUCCUUAUACAGCUAGAGCUGAAGACACCGAUGACGAAGAAAAUGAGUCUGUUGAAGCUGCGGAAGUAGAAGAAGGAGAAGAGGAGGAAGAAGAGGAAGAAGAGGAGGAAGAAGAAGAAGGAGAAGAGCAAGAUCAACUUCAAACAUUAAGAACCCAAUGCCAAGAAACGAAAGAAGGUAAAAACCUGACACAUCAUUACUUGGAAUGUGUAGAAAGGGUCCAGAAACAGAAAGAAGAUCCAAACUAUGAGGAUUUAGAAAACAAAGAAGACUGCGUCGAAGAGUUCUUCCACUUACAGCAUUACUUGGAUGGUUGUACAACUCCAAGGCUAUUCAGCAAACUGAAAUAG